CUGUAACCAAGGCAAAUAGAGGGAAAUAGGCAGUAAUAAUGCAACAAGUCAAUAGCUACUUCAACUUGCUCUUGGCCUGAGCUUCAAGAGCAGUUUGAUUGAGCUAAUUACAAGUGUGUGUCUUCUGUCUUGUAUCUUGUGUCAUGUGGCGUUGUUCAAUGUUGCACGCUUCGCUGCGGCAACUCUUGCGAUGUGGCAGCUGAGGCAACGGCGACUCCCAAACUUCAUUACAGGCCUCAUUAAGCGGCAUCUCAUAGUGACUGGAGCAGCUUCAUCCCAGCCAAGUGGAUGUUCAGUUCAGAUAGAGACUUUAAUGCGGAUAGUUGCCAAAAUGUCUUCGCUCAUGCUUUUGCUGUUGAUGCUGCUCUCGGCCAUUUGCUGUGCGGACUUGCAACAGGAUGAGCAGGAGGAACUGCAGCCGGAGCACUACGAUGGACGUUCGUUCUUCUUUCUGGGCACUUUGUUUCGUCGCUGGCGGGAUCGUUGGCUCGCUUUCCACAAUCCUGCUCCGCUUUACGCUGGCGCCGCGUUUCCCAUUAAUGGUUAUUACAAUUGUCCGCCCUUUGGCUGCAAUCCUGCUGGCAUUGGACCCCAACCUGGUUACUAUCCGCCCUACUACGGAUCAUCACUGCAGCAGCAACAACAACAACAGCAACAGGCGCAGGGCAACAGCAAUGUGUACAUCUAUCAGACGGAUCAGAAUAGUGCGAGUUCAGCAACUGGCAGCAUGCCGCCUUAUGGCUCAGCUUUCCUUGGUCCAGCGCGACAGCCAACGCCUUUGCUGCCGCCUUCCUCCUCUUCACCACAGGCACCACCGUUUCCUCCUCUACCUCCACUUCCCCCGCGGCCCAUUCCUUUGCCUCCGGCCACGCUGCCGCCUCAAGUAAGCGCCAGCAGCAGCGGCGGUGGAAGCAGCUUUGGCUUUGGAGCUGUUCCUCUGCCUGUUCCGCUUCCCGUGGCUGGCUGCUGUGCCCUGGGCUAAGCAGCAUCGCCUAAGUAAACACCGCAGACAAAGUAAAAGAAAACAAUACAGUUUUAAUUGA